AUGUUAUGGUCCCCCACAGUGGGGAAUUACCUAUAAAGACCUGGAAGUAACUUGGCAUCUGCAGACAUUACUCGGUUUGCUGCAAAUCCAUUUCCUGUCUGUGUAGACCCUGGCGCUACUGACUCCAUUAUCAUUCAGCAUCUAACAAAGAAGCCACUACUUCUCGAAGGGUCUAGUGAAAGUGAUGAGAUUUGUUAAGAAAUAUUCAAUACCAAAGAUGACUUCUAUUUCCUCUUAUAUUUAAAGAAUUGGAAGAUGCUUGAUUGUUGGAAGGAAUGCAAUGGGAUGAUGGAGAGGAGAGAUUGAAUAAAAUCUCCAAGGGUUAAAGAACUUGGAGUUUGUCCACAUGAGUUUAGUACCACAUUUUCCUGUUUGCAAUGGACGGCCAAGUGACAUAUGCCGACUUAAGUGUGUCCCGGAAUUGUCUCCCUAAAAGUUCUUCACCUCCAUCUCUUCCUCAGGAUGUUUGCCAAGGUCCCCUUUGGCAUCGUUUUGCUCUGAAACUUUGUUGUGUUGGGGUUAUGCUUCUUACCUUGACUGUGAUUGGGUUAAGUGCUUCAGUGGUAUUUUUAAGACAAAAAUUAUCAAUAGAUAAAAGCAGUAUGGAUGUGGAAGAGAACAGGAAUGAAACAACAGAGAGACCAGGUCUGUUAAAGUGCCCAUUGGACUGGUUGCCAAUCCAAGAGAAAUGCCUGUUUUUUUCUAGAACUUUUAAGUCUUGGAAUGACAGUCUAGCUGACUGUUCCACAAAAGAAUCCAGUUUGCUGCUUAUUAAAGAUCAGGAAGAAUUGAGACUUAUACAGAACGAGAUAAGUGAUGGAGGCAUUCUAUAUUGGAUUGGAUUAAAUUGUACAUUAUCAGAGAAGAAGUGGAAGUGGAUUAAUGGCUCCUUUUCAAAUUCUAAUAUAUUAAAAAUUACUGGUAAUGCUGAAGAAAACAGCUGUGUUUACAUCUCAUGGACACAAAUUACUUCUGAGAGCUGUGAAGUAGAAAAUAAGUGGAUUUGUCAAAAAGAACUAAAACCUACCAGAAAAAAAGUGUGUUCUGCCUCUUGACUAUGCAUCCCCUCACAAUUUCUUUACUUUCCAUUACAGGUCUCUAUGAUUUUAACUCUAUAUAUCCUGUUAAAAUGGCUGAAGGUACAUUUAGUGGCACAAAGUGAACAAAUACUGAGGAUUCUAAAAUGAUCGUGACUCUUACAGAAGCUCAUGUCCAACCUGUCAUUCUAUAAAUGAGGAAAUAAUGAGCCACUUCCUUCUCCGUACUUGUUAGAUCUAAAAUUAAGCACCGCUAAAGCACACAUCUGUAAGAAACUUUUACAAUAAAACGAACCUCAAGAGUU